AUGAGAAAAGAGGAGAGACAAAGAAGACGACAAAGGCAACUUCAGUACUCCUGCUUGAUCGUUUUAAUCAUAAUUGUGUAUUCUUUCGAGUCCACAAAGUCGAGAGAAGAACCGAUUGUUGCUGAAAAAAUCAGUUAUCAAAAAAUAUAUCCCAAAAAAGAACCUCAAGAGAAACCGAAAGAAAAAUGGAAACUUCUGAAAAACCACUUCAUUCAUAACUGCGCUUUUGAUAAUUGCAAGAAGCAUUCCUCACUGAAGAGCUCACAGAAACUUUGCGAGGAAAAUGAUGACUGCAUGGGGGUCGUAGGAAUUAAUGAUUACUUUGAGCUGAGAAGAGGUCCUAGUAUCAUCAAAAGUUCUCAAAACGAAACUUCUUGGCUAAUUCAGAGAGAAGAAUGCUUUCCCGAAGAAGAUGAAAUCUUUCUUGAUUUAGAACUCCUUGAACAAAAUUACCCAGAGUUGAAGGGAAUCAAACGAAGGGGCUUGGAUGGAAAAUGCGUAUAUCCAGGCCUGCCGUACAUCAACAAACUGAUGCGAUUCAAUCCGAAUUUGAAGCCAAAACUUCUGGCGCAUCCAGAAAACUGCCAAUUUGAUCCUUCAUCAAACCUCACUUCACUUCUUUUUGGAAUAAAAACGAUGCCAGACGCAGUUGUUGCACGAGAAACUCUUCGAAAAACUUGGCUGAAUGAAGAAAUAUGGAACUGGCUUGGCAUCGAAAUAAAGAUCGUCUUUAUAAUUGGCCGCCCUGACGAGGAGGUGAUUAAAGACGAGAUUAAAACAUACAAUGAUUUGCUUGUGCUUGACUUUGAAGAAAAUCAUUACGGCCUCCCGUACAAAGAUAUCGGCUUCCUUCAAUUCAUCGAGAAAUCGUGUCAAAAAGCGGAUUUCGUUUUCAAGGGCGAUGAUGACAUACUCCUUCUUCCACAAAAUCUUAAGAUGGAAAUGAACAAACUCAAGAGAGAAAACGGCAUUUUCUACGAAGCUAUAGGCUGCCUAAAAGAGCGACCGACGCCUAUUCGAGAAUUUAGCAAAUAUUUUAUGCCAAAGCAGCUGUGGGAAAAAGAUGUUUAUCCUCAAUAUUUUUCUGGAGCUGGAUAUCUAACAACUGGUGAUUUCGCAUUGAGUCUAGCAAAAGAAAUUUCGAAUGCUCCUGUUUUGCCGUUGGAUGAUGUUUACAUUGGAUCACUAAUUGAAGCAGCAGGAAAAAGAGAUACACUGCUUCGGUCUGAGAGCAUUUGCUGCGGAUUAAUCUGGGCAGAAGAGGCAAUCGCGAAAAAUCAUCUUUGCAGCUUACGAGGGCUAACAGUUGCUCAUAAAUUCAAGGACUACCAACAUCUUGAGUGGGCAUACCACGAUCUUGUUUCUGGAAAUUUCGAAUGUGACAUAGAAGGAGAUGGCGUCAGUUUUGGAGGAUUGUACAGAGAUGCGUGGAAAGAAGGGAUCAAAAAUUUUAUAAUUUAUCCAAAAUCUUAA